UAGAGGGUCAAAAUUUUUGAAAAAAUUAGUUCCGAUUUUUUACCACUAAAGGGCGCUAAUUCGGUGCUGAAAUUUAGUUGAAAUUUUUGCCAUUAGAGGGGAUAUCUUUCCCUAGAGAAACACUGAGCAUGCUCGAGGAUGUAUAAUGUACAUACUCGUUGAUGUAAAUACAAACAAUAAGUAUUAUACUAAAAACACGGUAAUCAUUAGUAAUGUAAUGUGAAAUGUUUAUGUAAUUGAAAUAGAAGAUUACUUUUAAACAUAUAACUUAUAAAUUCUUACUAUAAUCUGAAUGUUUUAUGAAUUGUAUGUAAUUUUAUCAAUUGUAAGUUAGGUUAUACCAUUAAAAAUGAGUGAGAAACAGAAAGUUUUAAUAUGCGGCGAUGUAGAGGGUCAUUUUAAAUUUUUAUUUAACAAAGUCGAAGCCAUCAAUAAAAAGAGUGGCCCCUUUGAUUUCUUAUUAUGUGUUGGAAAUUUUUUCGGCAAAAAUAACGACGGUCUCGAAAUGUAUAAAGGUGGCAUGAAAAAUAUUCCCGUUCCAACAUAUAUUAUCGGCCCUAAUAGAGAAUCCGAUGUAGAUAAUUAUCCAGACGUUGACGGAUGCGAAAUGUGUCAGAAUCUUACUUAUCUUGGAAAACGUGGCCUGUAUACUGCUAGUUCAGGACUUAAAAUAGCUUAUAUCAGUGGUACAGAAGAUAAUUCAUCAGAAACAAAAGUUACCUGUUUCAAUGAAGGGGAUGCCAUAGCAGUUAAACAAGCUUGUCUAAAAGGGCAACCUAGUUUUAGGGGAAUUGAUAUAUUAUUGAGUUCACCUUGGCCUGAUGGUAUUACAAAUUUGGAUCCUAAUAGACCAAAUUUUAAAUAUCAAGGUUCCAAAUUAAUUGCUUGGCUGGCUACUCAAGUAAAACCCAGGUACCAUGUAGCAGCUUUGGAAGGAUAUCAUUAUGAAAGACCACCAUAUAGGAAUCAGAGUCAACAAGAGGGUAAUAUUGAAAUAGCAACAAGAUUUAUAGCACUUGCACCUGUAAUGAACUCUCAGAAAAAGAAAUGGCUGUAUGCUUUAAACCUAACACCUGUUGAUAGAACACGCUUAUCUGAUUUAGUUAUGAAAACUACAGAUGAGACAGAUAGUCCAUAUCCAAAAUCAAUGUUAUCAAGUGAACCAUCUAUACAGAAAUUAGAACCUAAACGAACCCAGUUCUUUUAUGACAUGGAGUCUAAGGAACCUACUAGGAGAUCAAGGCACUCAGAAGGACCUAAUAAAAGACCAAAACCAGAAUUUGAUCAAGCAAAAUGUUGGUUCUGCUUAUCAAGCCCUGAAGUUUCUAAACAUUUAGUAAUAUCAGUUGGAACAGAGAUUUAUGUUGCCCUUGCUAGAGGUGGAUUGGUUGAAAAUCAUUUUCUAAUUCUGCCAGUAACACAUCAUCAGAGUUUGUCUAUUUUACCAAAAGAAGUGAAAGAAGAAAUGGCUUUGUAUAAGGAUGCCAUAACAAAAUAUUAUGCAACUAUGGAUUGUGUACCUGUACUUUUUGAACGUAAUUAUAAAACAUCUCACUGUCAAUUGCAAGCUGUACCUGUUCACAAAAAUCAAGCACCUGCCUUGAAAGAAACAUUCCAAGAAAUGGCAGAAUGUAAUAACUUCGAAAUAACUGAAUUACCUCCACAUGCAGAUUUGCAGCAAAUUGCAAAACCAGGGGUUCUAUAUUUUUAUGCAGAAUUACCAGAUGGAACAAAAUUAUACCACAGAAUUAAGAAAGAUUUUCCAUUACAAUUUGGGAGAGAAGUACUAGCAUGUGAUAGAAUAUUAGACAUCAAUGACAAAGUCGAUUGGAAAGAUUGCCAGCUAGAUAAAGAAGAGGAAAUUGAAUUAGCCUCGCGAAUUAGAAGAAACUUUCAACCGUUUGAUGUAGAUACUUAAAACUGUACGAAAAUUAACAAACUGAAAUUGUAAAAUAUGUAUAUACAUUUAUACAUCAAUUUUUUUGUACAAUAUACGAGUAUAUUAACUCAUCACGACUUACAAAAAUAUGGAAUGAAGAUCAUGAUAUUAACUCAAAUAUUGUAACUCGUAAUCAGCCGGAGUUGCAAGCGGAUCUAAUCCACUUAAUUUCAUUUGUAAUGCUAUGUCAAAUAAAUAAUCAUAACAUUCCGUCCUGAAAA